UUGCUUAGCUACCUUUAGACUGGUCCGCCUUUGUGGGUUGUGCCGAAAUUGAAGGUUUGAGCAUGUGCAGUGAGAAGUUAGAAGGAAGAGCCGCCAUUGCAUUGACCAGUGUGACAGCGUUAAAGAUCAAGCUUGGCGUGAGUCUCCUAUAUAAAGACGGAUCUUAACGCCUGCGACUCACAGCGAAUGGGGAGAUAGAAUUAAACCUGUAGUUUUUAGGCAUCGGUUGGAAAAGAGGGUGCUGACUGAAUAUGCGAAGUGGGUUUGGGCAUUUUUUUUUUUAUAAAAACGGUUGUGAGAGUGUCCUGCGGUCAGUAAUUGAAUCAAGUGCCAGAGGUGCCCGAAAAGGACUUUGGCGUUAGGUAACGCUAUAGGGGACAAGGAGAGGCGUGCUGAAGUAAGGUAACAGGACCGACAAGCCUGAAGGCCAGCGGGUUGAACUGUUGGCUGAUUGUGGGCUUCUUUUAGUGUAGUUGUGUUUGGGGUUCAGAAGGGGGUAACCGUUGUUAGGGCUGGGGUGAGAGACAAUAAAGAGGGGGUAUCUGCCCCAGGGUGGUAAGUUUGGGGAGGGGGGGCAGGUUCCAUUUGAUGGAUCCUCGGAUCGCCUGGUUCCAGCCAGAACAGCUAGGCCCCUCCAACAGCCUGUGGAUGCAGAUCUGGGAGACCACGCAAGGAUUGAGGAACCUCUACUUUAACCAUAAUAGUCCGGCCUCCCUCACACACAGCGGAUCUUCCAGCAGCUCCUCGAUCUGCGAGACUAACACCAUGUACAGGGACAACGAAGUAGUUAAGAACAACCAGUCCUUGGGGGAGCAGAGAGAUUACAUCCCACUAGAGACCGACAAUUACAACAACAACCAACUGCUGAGCCAGAGCUCUGGUGCGUGGGGUAAAGGACAUGACCAUAUUAACAGGAAUAAGAGGAAACGAGAUAACAAGGCAAGUACAUUCGGACUCAACUGCCUUCUCCAGGGAACAGCUGGGAGCAGUGUGGUGGCACUGUACAACGGGACUCCAUGGAAAACCCGAAAAUAUAGCGAAGAAGUCAUAGGGCUUCACGAAGAGAUAUUGGACUUCUACAAGUACAUGUCCCCUCGGCCCGAGGAGGAGAAGAUGCGAAUGGAAGUUGUAAACCGAAUUGAAAAUGUCAUUAAGGAGCUGUGGCCCAAUGCAGAUGUGCAGAUAUUUGGAAGCUUUAAAACAGGACUUUACUUACCAACAAGCGAUAUUGACCUUGUUGUGUUUGGGAAGUGGGAAAAUUUGCCCCUUUGGACUCUGGAGGAAGCACUAAGGAAGCACAAUGUAGCUGAUGAAAACUCUGUCAAAGUUCUUGACAAAGCCACGGUACCAAUUAUUAAACUGACCGAUUCCUUUACUGAAGUGAAAGUGGAUAUCAGUUUUAAUGUACAGAAUGGGGUGAAAGCAGCACAGCUUAUCAAGGAUUUUAUCAAGAAGUAUCCAGUCCUUCCAUACCUUGUGUUGGUUUUAAAGCAAUUCCUGUUACAGAGGGACCUUAAUGAAGUGUUUACAGGUGGCAUUGGCUCCUACAGUCUGUUUUUAAUGGCUGUCAGCUUUCUGCAGUUACAUCCAAGAGAAGAUGCCUGCAGGCCAGAUGCCAAUUUCGGUGUUUUGCUUAUAGAGUUCUUUGAGCUGUAUGGAAGGCAUUUCAAUUAUGUCAAAACUGGAAUUCGGACAAAAGAUGGUGGAUCAUAUGUAGCCAAAGAUGAAGUGCAGAAGAAUAUGCUUGAUGGCUAUAGACCAUCAAUGCUGUACAUUGAGGAUCCACUGCAGCCUGGAAAUGAUGUUGGACGAAGUUCUUAUGGUGCCAUGCAAGUGAAGCAAGCAUUUGACUAUGCAUAUGUUGUCUUAAGCCAUGCAGUAUCACCAAUUGCCAAGUUUUAUCCCAACAAUGAAACUGAAAGCAUCCUGGGACGUAUUAUUAGAGUAACUCGGGAAGUUGUCACUUACAGAGAAUGGAUAUCUAAACAUUGGGGGCAGAAGAUAAAGUCUGAACCUGCUUACUAUGGAAACAAUGUGACUUUGAUAAAUUUGGACAAAUGUAACAAUAAUGUAACUGAAGAGAACAUUGGACAAGCUAAGAAAAAGACAGCCGAAACACUUUGCAAACACUCCUCAAACUCAUCUGGUCCUUUGUCCUCCUCUUCAUCUACACUCUCAAGUUCUAGUGAUGUGGACUCGGAUGGAACUCCAUUCAAAACCUCGAAGCAGUCAAGUUGCAGGCAAACCAACGACAACCGAAUGGGCCAUCAGGAAUUAUGCACAAGCGCCUUGCAGCCCAGUGGUAAAUCACAAACUAUCCAGAGCAUCAGCUCUUCCAACAACAGCAACAAAGCCCAGCAUGGCACAACUAGAUUAUUUCGAUCCACCUCAUCCAGCAAAAAUUUCCAGGGACAACCCAACACAAGCCAAGGUGAAUCAGUGCCAAGCCGGCACCCACAUAGUGGAAAAGCGCAACAUCUGCAAUAUCACAGCAAGAAGCGCAAGCACAAGCGGGAAACAGACCUGUGCAGAUAGCUGCUUUAGAGUAAGACUUAAACAUCCACAUUGUGCUGCAGAACAGAUAGUUACUGGGCCCUCUUCCUCCCAGAAGCUGUUCAGACUUUAAGCACCUCGUUUGUUUUGUUUUCAUUUUCCCAACUGGCCACGGAAUGGAUCAUGAAGAAUUGCAACCACAAAAAAGAGGGGAAAAAAAAUUUAAAAACUCUAAAAAAUGGCUUGCUCAUUUGACAAAACAAACAUACUAUGUAAACCAGAAUAUAUUUGCACUUCUGUCAGCUUCACCAUUCUGAUUUGUAGAAAUAAGAAAGUGUUUGUUUGUUGGUGACAGAACAAAAAGGGGGUGUAUUUUUUUUUUUUUUUUUUUUUUUUUUUUAGAAAACCCCUACUUUAAGGCAUGAUUUAUUUUUAAAUUUAAAUAUUCUACUAUUUUAUUGUGCAUCCUAUAAAGGAAAACACAUUUUUUUGUAUUGGUGCAUUUGCUUUUUACAAAAAAAAAUGGUUGUAAAUGGACUCAGGACAAAUGAGUUCACAUUGGUAAUCCCUUCCAUUCAGAGUUAGCCACAGACCAUGGCCAGGUGUUUUUAUCCCUUUGCGGUUUGGAAAACAAAGAGACUUUGUCAUUCAAAUAAACUGUUUUUAUUGCAAAAUAAAAAGAUGUAGGUUUCAUACCUGUUUUAUUAAAACAACAUAUGAUUGUGUAUGCAAACCUCUGCUGAUGUAGUUAUAUUGUAUGUACAUUGUGGUUUGGAAUGCCACUACUGAAGGGAUACAAAGCUCUGUUUACUUUUGAAUUCCAGUACCUUGGGUUUUAGGACAUUUGGUAAAUUUAAAUCAAAUUAAUACUCUGUAAUAUUUGACGUAUAUAAAUGCCAUGUUAUACCUCUUACACUCUCUCCCAAUGUGUUCCUUGCAUUUUCUUUUACCAUUCAUUUAGUUUCUCUUUUGUUCACCCUCCUCAUUAACUGUAAAUAUCUCCGCGCACCAAUAUUUUAUUUUUACAAUGUAACUUUCAAAAACUUUUACCCUUAUUUUACCUUAUGUAUUAUAUUCUGGCCACACCUUUCUUAACAGAGAAGAUUAUGUAUCGCUGGUUAUAAAACAAAAUCUAUCUCAUUGGGUAAUGUAAUAGUGCAACUUUUGCUACUGGUCUAGUAACAAAUCAAUCAUCUGCAUGUAGGGUUAAGGCUAUGGGCACACAGGCUGAAGGCUCCAGCUGUUGUCAAUCUGCAUAUUUUUUGCAGAUUUGCUCCCUGUUCCAUUGAUUUGAAUGCCUGUGUGCGCACACACACAGCAGAGCUUAAGCUGAGGUCAGCCCAAAUAUGGAAAAGGAGACAUCUGCAGGCUGACCUUAGCUUCAGCUCCACUAUGUGUGUGCACAUGCAGGCUGAUCAGAUUCAAUUCAGUGGAGAAGGGUGAGGGCAGCGGAGUUCUUCAGACUGUGUGCUCACAGCCAGAAAACAAACAUCUGACUGGUUGCUAUGGGUAUCUAAACUUAGACGAACUGCACUUUAUAUUCCACGUUACUGUUUGUUUUAAUUGCAUAGUAGUAGGAAACAACUUUGCAGCCAGCUGCAAACAAACAUUUUUUUAUAUUUUUAUAUUGUGCUUUAAUGUGCGGCAUACAAGAAGAUGUGUGGUAAAUGCAGGAGUGACUGCACCAGGAUCUGCCUCCCACCCAUGGGGCCCAUGUGUGCUGUCCACACAGCAUCGUUGCUCCAAGGAAAUGCACUGCGUGAGCAAGAUAGGGCCCUGGAUGCUGGUUAAGUUACUGGACACUUGCAAAAUUAAUCAUUUUUCAGCAUCUUUAAAAAAAAGAAAAAUCAAUAUUUAACUUCACCCAAACCAUACAAAUGUUAAACCCUGCAGUAGAAACUAUUGAGCUAGUUUGUUCUUAGAAUCUGAAAUCAGAGACAUUUUAGACUGAGGUUCAUUGUGUAUAAUUUAAAUCACUUUUCCUAUUGCUUAACAAAGAGCAGACAGUAGUAACCCCCACACUAUCGGAUUCUUUUAUUCUAAAAUUGAUUUAAAAUUGUACAGUACCCUUAAGGUGCAUCAAUCAGUGAAAAGCACUUUGUGCACAAAGCGCUUUUCCCUGAUUGAUGCACCUUAAGGGUACUGUACAAUUUUAAAUCAAUUUUAGAAUAAAAGAAUCUGAUAGUGGGGGUUACUACUGUCUGCUCUUUAAUUGUUGUUAAGUAAAUAUACCUCUACACAAAUCUGAUCAACUAAUUGAAAGUUAUAAUAAACUGUGGGAAUAAUCUUGGUUUUCAUAUUGCUUGCAAACAAAGCAUAUUUUAGGAUUUAUAAUCAUACACACACAAUCUUCAAUUGAUAAGACAAUUUAUGGAAAUGUCUUAUUGUUUAGAUAUUAGUAAGUGGUAGACAAAAGUUAGUCACUCAAAAUGUAGUGUCUACAGUGUGUGUGUGUGUGUGUGUGCAUCUGGGUAUGUGACAUAAUUGAUUUGAAAAGCUUGGGCACUUUUUAUAAAUAUUAAUGCUAAAUUACAUUUUAUUUUGCAGAUAAUACUAAACAUAGGUACAAAGAAAAUAGUAACUGUGAAAAAGAACACCCUAAUGAGUCAGUAUUUAGUAACACUCCCUUUUGGCACAGAUACUGAACACCUUUUUUUUAUCCAGCUAAAAGUUGUUUUAAAUAUUAUUAUUGAAGUCAUUUUUGCCCACUCCUUUGUCAGCCAAGCCAUCCUGCAGACACAGGAGAGUUUGAUCUGUAGGCAUCAGUCAGGGGCAAUCCUGGCAGCAGCCCUGAUGCUGCCCCCCUCUCCCACUCC